CUGGCAACAGCUGAUGAUGAUGACGUCAUCACGCCCUCUGGUAUUUAGAGCAGCUCUCAGUGAGACUGUGUCAGUGUUUGUCCGGUGAACAGAGGAACAUGGCUUCAUCCUUUCUCAGCUUCUCCCUCCUCUUCAUCAGCCUCUACACAGCAGAUGGAUUUUUGCUUUUCAUGACGAACCGCUGUGACUUUAACUCCACUGAUCCAAAGGACAUCGAGUACAUCCAGUCUUAUUAUUACAACAAGUUGGAGUUCACCAGGUUCAGCAGCAGUUUGGGGAAGUAUGUUGGAUACACUGAGUACGGUGUGAAGAACGCUGAGGCCUGGAACAAUGAUCCUUCAAAACUGGCUCGGUUGAGAGCUGAGAAGGAGAGGUACUGUGUACACAACGUUGGGAAUGACUACCAUCAUGCUGUGACUAAGUCAGGUGAGUCUGUGUUUCUGUAA